AUGGCGGCCAUUAGUACCUUCUUCCGCCUCCUCCUACUGAUCUCCUUCAUGCAGGCCCUUGUCAUGACAAACACUGUCUUCGACGUCAAGUUGGUCCACCGUGACUCCCCAAAGUCACCAUUGUACAAUAGCUCGAUGAUGACCUUCGAUCGCCUACAGGCCGCUGCCCUUCGCUCGGUCAACCGAGCUAGCUACUUGGCCAAGCGUAUCGCCAUGAAGACCUCCACCGACAUAGAUGUGCGCGUACACUAUGAUGAUUGGGAAUUCUUGAUGGAGUUCAGCUUGGGCACGCCAAACCCGCAACAUGUGUGGGGUAUUCUCGACACCGGCAGCAGUCUAAACUGGGUCAACUGUGUGGGGUGCGAAUGCUUCAACAAGACUGCCGCCCUAUUCAAUCAUAGUGCAUCCCUCUCCUACAACAAGUUUACUUGCAAUUCCGAUGAGUGCAAGAGCUUUUCCCAAGGUCAUUGCGAUGAUGAUCAGACGUGCGUGUACCAUUACGCCUACGCCGAUGGCACCAACAUCGACGGAAUGUUCUCCUCGGACACCUUCCGUUUCUACUCGUCAGAUACGAAGCAAUUUACAUCCAUUCCAAAUAUUCUAUUUGGUUGCAACUUUAGGUCCUUUGACACCAUCGACAAUGACUUCGGUAGCACCAUUGGGUUGGGCCCCUCGUCUCCAUCUCUGAUCCACCAGCUUGCCCCUAAGUACAUCGACAAGUACUUCUCCUACUGCCUGGACUCCUGGUACUAUGGGGGACUCGCUAGCAGGCUCUUCUUGGGACGCGGCAAUACCACUGUCACCGGAAAGGUGACUGUCACGUCAUUCAUGACACAAAAUAACGGCUAUGCUGUGCAGCUUAAUUCUAUCUCUAUCCCGGAUGAGUUCAACAUUGAUUACCAUACUAGGAAGUCCAAGUUGACGGCCGGCAAUAUCAUCUUUGACUCCGGCACUGCCAUGACUGUACUGGACACUCAAGUGGUGGAUGAGUUGGUAAGGAAAUUGACGGAUUAUGUUAGCUUGCCAACUGUGAAGCAGGAAGGAGAAUUCAAAUUGUGCUUCGAUGUGCACUCGACGGAACAAGAGGAGCAGUUGCCAGGGUUGUUGUUCUCAUUUGCUGGGGAGUUGGGGAACUUCAGUGUGAGCCCUGAAAACUUGUUUACAUGGUUUGGUGCGCAUGUGAAAUGCAUGGUGAUAUUGGGAACGAAUGAUAUACAGAUCUUUGGAAAUAUUAUGCAGAAAGAUGUUUUGGUUGGACAUGAUCUAGAAAAAAUGGAAUUAACCCUUACAGAGAAAAAGUGUAUCUAG